UUUUUUUCACUGCCUCUUGUUCAAAACAUGCCUGUCAAAAAUGUGAAUAUGGAAACUGACGAUAGCGUUGAUUGCUGUGAGGGUUCACCCCCGUCUGCCCGGCUGGAUCGCUGCCGUGAGGAGAACACAGCGGAGGUGUUUGGUACGAGCAAUACGGUGAUCUCCGUCGUCUGCUGCAGACCGGCGGUGGUGACCGACCCGUCGACAUGCAUUCAUCACGCUCGUGGCACUGAUGCCCCCCCCCACCCCCCCGGCAGCUCUUUAGGACAUGUUGAUGUGUAAAUGCUGCCUACGGAGCUGUUUUACUGUCAUGAAACAUUUAAAAGAAAUUUCUAAUUUUGAAGUUCAAAUUGUAUUUUUAUUUUUUUUUGUCUUGCUUCUGUCUCUUUAAAUUAUUACCCUUCUCUUGUCCCGGACUUUAAGAACAACAACCGAGGUUUUAAACCAGGACAGGAUUUUAACUGUUGAACUGAAGAACAGUAUAUGUACAUAGUCGCACUUUAAAUUAGGUUUUUAUGCACCUUUUGUGGGUCUUGUUUCAGAUAUAAUCACCGAUCAUAAGCAGUAUUAUUACCCAACAUUUUCAGGAUGACGCAUUUGUGGUCAUUUGAAUAAUUGCUUAUUUGUUUGUUAAUAUCCUCAACUUAAAUCAGUCAGCUAAAAGCCUUAAGACUCCGUCCUGGGAUAAGAUCCAGUUUUAUUGUUUAAUUUGAUAUUCCUCAAUUAAUUGGUACUUAUGUUUACAUCCACAUUUGUAGUGACAAACUGCUCUUCUGAGCUUUUUUUUUUUACUGUCUUUCAGCUCAUUGUUUGUGGUUUCCAGCUGCAGCAGGCAGAUGUUUUCAAAGAAUAAAAGCAUUGUAUGCUACCUCUCCAGCUCCAAUAAGCAGACUGAGAAGAUAAGCCACUCUUGGUGAGCAGCAUUUGACAUUUAAAAAGCCAGAUAUGUCCCUCGGGAGGUUGGUGGAGAACAAAUUUCAGCUUAAAAUAGAGUGAAUAUUGCUCUUAAGUUCAUUACGUCACCCAAAAACAUGGCUGCAAAGCAAAUGUCUCUGCUUUGUGUGUAAAUAGACGACUCUUUCCUAAUACCUUCACUGUGUCAGCUUUAUGAGGUGAUAUGUCAUCAUGGCUGUGUUUACAGCUUGUUAUGCUGGUCAGAGGAGUACAUUUAUUCUUUGAUGAUACUAGUUUGAUAGAAUCCCAUUUCAAGUGUAUUUCAUUUUAAUUUCAAAUGUGUGAGUCAUGUCUUUAAAAAACUGGAUUCCAGUGAUGAAAGCUAGCUUAACUCUUACACAUUCCGUGUUUCUACUCGUUUUAACUGAACACAGCGACACAGAGUGCUUACUUUGUAACUAUUAUCGGCUUUUAGUCGCGUAACAUAGCAUUUAAAUGUCACUUUUGUGGCCCUGUCUUUGCCUUCAUUUUCGUUGGGCAAUAUUGACAUUUCUGGUUUUGAUGGACGCGUUUCCGGCCCACCGUACUUCGCACCAGCGACGUGUGAAUAGGGGUGUUCACUAACAGCAAAGAGGGGGGGGCCUUACUUAAUGUAUUUAUUUUUUAUUUUCACGUACCCUCCCGCGUACUUAACACCGUCGUAAGUACAUUUUAUCCACAUCGGUGGACAGCUAGUUGGUUUUUUAAAGCUUUUUCGUGUCGCGACACCAGGACGCCACCCCUCCUCCACCUCUUUUUGUUCGUCGGUCGUAACGUCCGAGCGUCCAGCUGAUUGCUUCGAGGUGCCGUUCAAUGAUUCCCGUUCAAACUGAGACGUUUUGUUCCACUUAACGGAUGGUUUUUUUUUACGUUUUUUUUUUUUUCACCGACUUGUGGACUUUAAAAGAAAAGAAGGGGACAUUCAUCAUUUUAUUUUUCCGUUUAACUUGAGCGUUGGAUCGGUUUUUUUCGACAAGGCCCCGGACUCAUCCCCGGCCUCGCGUUGUUUUUUUUGUGUUGGAAGUCAUGGGAGACACCAGUGAACGAAGCAAACCUCCGAGUCUACCUCCACGGUGUCCCUGUGGAUUUUGGGGGUCCAGUGAGACUAUGAACCUCUGCUCCAAAUGUUUUGCUGACAUCCAGAAGAAGCAGCCGGGGGAGGACUGCACCUCCACGCCGAUCCAAAGCACCGGGAGUAGCCAGUCGGCGGUCUUCAGUAGCGAGACGAGCAGCAGCAGCAGUAGCCAAUCCCCGUUGUCGUCGCCGCCCUCUUGCUCCGAGCCGCCGCCCACCGAAGAGCCCUCGCCCACGUUCAUCAGCACGAGGGAAGGAACGUCGUCCACAGAAACAGCCCAAGGAACACUCUGCACACCCACAAAACGUCCCCGAGAAUCAGCAGCGUCGGGCUCGGAGAGCGAGGAGACGCCGGAGAAACGGCCGCGGACGGACGAGAAGGAGGAUGACGGCGAGGAGGCCCGCGGGACGCCCAAGCAGAAGAACCGCCGGCGCUGCUACCGCUGCCAAACCAAACUAGAGCUGGUGCAGCAGGAACUGGGCUCCUGUCGCUGUGGCUACGUGUUCUGCAUGCUGCACCGUCUCCCCGAGCAGCACGACUGCCUGUUCGACCAUCUGGGCCGCGGGCGCGAGGAGGCCGUCCUCAAGAUGGUGAAGCUGGACCGCAAGGUGGGCCGCUCGUGCCAACGCAUCGGGGAGGAGUGCUCCUGAUUGGCCGCACCGCCACCGGCCAUCCAGUUAAGAGAUGAGGCGCUUACAAAGAGGAGGAGGAGGAGGAAUGACAAAUGGGGUGGUGGGAGGAAGGGAGGGAGGGAGGAGGAGGAGGAGGAGGAGGAGGAGGAGGAGGAGGGAGCGCGGUGGUAACAUCCUGCAUCUGACGCCGACGAUUCUGAAUCUGAGCUCUGACGCCGGCCUGUUGAUGUCCUGACUUCCUGCGUCGGACCGACCCGCUCGGGGGGCCCCGCUGGCUGUUGUGCAGGGGCCACGUUCAGUAUCGCAUGUUCACACACACAGCCUUAACCCAACCCCCCCCCCCAUCCCCAUCAAGGGCGCCGCAGAGACUCAUCCAGUCAGUCGUACAUUAUGCACGUUUCCUCCUCUUUGCUCGCGCUCCCUUUUUUUCUUUCUUCAUUCAUGGAAAGUGAACAGAAGCGUUUGGCUGAACUGAUCCGUUUGGAUUCUCACUCGACAGCGUAAUCUUUUUUUUGUCCCUCUCUUGGUCGCGGCUCUAUCCCUCGACCACUCCUCAGGUCAUCAUACCGGGGUUGGAGUAUCAAACCUGUAACCCCGCCUUCCUCUUCUUCUUCUUCUUCUUCUUCUUCUAUUGUAUUCUUUUCUCUUCCACCUACAUUUAGGUCCACGUGCAGCAUCACUGGCCGUGUUUCGCCCGUGCAUGGUACCAGCAUCGGUGUGUUUGAGUGCGGUGAGGCUGCUGUGAUUCUGGUGAUCAGCUCUGUUUUUACUGCUGGACCACGGUGUCGUGGAGGACAAUACAGCCAAUCCCUGCCUCUGCUCACACGGACUGUUGACAUAAACAUCCAAUGAAAACCACACUUGAUGGACAAGAACCCCCCUCGGAUGAACCCUCUGUGUACCACCCCCCCCCCCCCCCCCUCCCCCCUUUUCCACUUACAGAGUAGUGCCGUUGUUUUACGUGAAGAGGAACGCGUCCUUCGCCCCAAAACGCCAUUCAGUCAUUUAAAGAAGCAAAGUUCACCCCCGAGUGUCUCUGUGGCUGUGAACGAGCAGUCAGGAGUGUUAACCUUAAAGUACACUCUCCUUUAAAUUGUUCUAUAAUUUAUUUCUUAUUCUGUGUUUUGUGGGAGGGACUAGGUGUCACUUCAUUUUCAUUCAUUGGGGGAACAUAGUUCUUGAAAUGUUAUAAUUUCCUUUUCACAUUGAUUGCGUCAUUUCUGCGAGUGAGCGUUCACUGAAUUAAUCCGACUCUUCUCCAGUGAUGACGCCUCGGGUUCUUAAAUCGAGUGGGUUCCUUUUCUAAUUUAUUCUUUGCCCGCCCCCCCCGCUCUUCAUCAGCCCACGCAGGACUUUGUGCUGUGCAUAUUGUUCACGCCUCUCUUCCUUCCUCUCCUAAAGGUGUGUUCUACCAAUAUCAAAUAUAAUUUAAUCACACAUUGUAGACGCAUUCAAAGUACAAGUUGUGAUUUCUUAAAUACAGGUACUGACUCUCUAUUAAUAAUGAACUUUGCAGCAUCACAGCAAAAUGCAAUUUGAUGAAUUGUAUAUUUUUGGUUUUUCAAUUUGGAGAAACACGAAACGUCGGGAAAAUCUGUCGGCGUCCUUUAAUUUAAUUUAAUUUGCAAAUGAACUUUGGGUGGAGGUGAGCAGACCACUGAACUAUGCUAAUCCUCACGCACCAGUUACUGUUCCUCCUCCCUGCACCCCCCUGCUCUUAUCCAAUGAGAACACAGACGAGCAGAAAGGGAGCUCUGGUUCCGAUUUUCAUAUUUUGGAAAACUUUGUUCCUUUUGUUGUUUUCUUUGUGUGCUAAUGAGAAAUGGAAGAAAUGGAAUAUCUUUCUGUACCUUUGUAGAGAAAAGAAAUUAUUUAACCUUAUAUCAGUUUGAGUUACUUACACCUUAGCAUAGAGUGGCAUAUUUAGUUAAAUGUAUAAUAAAAAAAGCAAGAACAUAA